GUUUAUCAUAUGAUUAGCGUUCUGUUUGUUGUCUCUUUUGUUUACUUUUCUUCUUUUGGUUGUUUUCGCGUUUUGUGCUCGCGAUCCAUGAGCCUUCUGGCUCGGACGGAUCUUACGAGCUCGGUACGAAGCUUGUAACAUACAUACAUACAUACAUACAUUUAUAUGCGCAAUUAGGCCGGUGAUACUACGAUGUUGUGCUAUUUAUUCUGCCGAUAAUCAGCCUGGAAUUGUUAGAUGGCACUCUCCCGAACUGCGGCGAGUUCAGCCCGCUCACGGCGAUGGAUAUGGGCGUUGACAGCCUGUGGUGGAGCUCUUGGGCUAUUCAAAGUAGAGAACGACCUCCGCGAAAAGGCCGAGGAGCUUGGGCAAACGACUAGCGAGUAUGCGCAGGAGCGAGCGCAGGAAGUCGCUACCACGGUGAAGGAGGUGUCGGGUGUUGCCGGCGCGCUGCUGCGGACCGCGGUGUCGUCCACCGUGACCUCCGUACAGCAGCAACGCCGAGUGGAUCCAGACCAGCUCCUGCACGACCUCGCCCUCACCGUGUCGCAGCUGGCCGCCCACCCGCCCUCCCGCCACCACCUGCUGGCACUGGGGGGCGGACCCGUGCUGGACUGGCUGCUGCGUACGGCAUACCCGGAUCUGGAUCUGGAACCCCCGCCGCACCCACACCCGCACCCACACCCGCACCCACACCCGCACCCGCACGCGCACGCGCACGCGCAUCACCCGGAGAUGGAGAAGGAGGCGGCG